UUGAAUAGAGAAGUAGGUAAAAGUUUUUUCAUCUAGACUCAAUUGAACGGUUUAUCGUCAUGUAAUAACAGUAAUUCCUGAAAAAUUGGUUUGUUUUGACUUUAGUGAUGGAAGAUUGUGCGUGGAAAAGUUUGAAAUAUAGUGAAAACAGAACAAUAAAAAUGACAGCAAUCCAAUCGACUUGUGAAAACUAAUGUUUCGUAAAUAAUAUCCAAGAAUAUUGUACGUUAACAUGCUCAAUAAUUAUAUUAUGUUUGAAUUUGUCUAUACCAAAUCAAAGCAACUCAAUCACAAUUUACAACAAAAACGUCAGUUUAUUAUGACAAAUAGUUUAUAACUGAUUUUACUUUAUCUACUUUUAAUGGCAAACGCUGGGCGGCCUUCGGCUGUGCCACCUGUUCAAUCUCCGCCACCGCUUCAACAACAAACAUCUCCUGCAGGCCCUCCACGACUUUCCGCAUUACAGGCACCUGGUCCAUCUCUAUCAAGCAAACUAACUUUUGGUCAUUGGAGCAUUAGUUCCGCUGGUUACCGGAAACUACCUGAUGAUGAAUUACCAGUACAACCGAGAUCGAGCAUACUACUACCACACCUGCAGCAGUCUGAGAAGAAAUUCUUCGAAUUGGUAGCUGCAAAUGAAGUACCUCCGGUAAUUGAAUUCCUACAACAAAACGAAGGCUUCAACGUAAAUUGCGUAAACUUCCAAGGCGUCUCCGCUUUGCACAUAGCGUUACAGAACCGCUCCGAAUCUAUGGUGGAAUUCCUAGUGAGCCAACCGAAUAUAGAUAUCGGUGAUUGCGUUCUGCACGCGGUCAGAGACAAUCUAAUCAAGAUCCUUCAAAUGCUGCUCGAUAAAUUGCAAGAAACGGCCCCGGGAUUGGAAUUCGUCGGUGUAACCCAUAGCUCUGAUUUUCCAGAUCACGUUACGCCUCUAAUUCUCGCGGCGCAGUGCGGCCAUUUCGAAAUAAUUGAACUUUUAAUUGAAAGGGGACACAAGAUAGCCAAGCCUCACCCACCAGACUGCAAAUGCGGUGAAUGCAUGAUGCAUUUACAGCACGACGAUCUGUUGCACGGAGAAACUCUCCGCCUGAACUUGUACAGAGCCAUCACGAAUCCUGCGUACAUCUGCCACUCCACCCACGAUCCAAUACUGACAUCCUUUGAGCUGUCCAGAGAGUUGACGCAGUGCAGCUUUAUGGUACCUGAAUUUAGAGUUGCUUACCAGGAGUUGGCUCAAGAGAUCAGCGCCUUUGCAGUUGAGCUAAUUGCGUGCUGCAGGAGCACCGAAGAAAUGGAUUUGAUUCUGAGGCAGAAGAGCGGGAUUUCCGCGUCCGGUGUUUUAUAUCCUCGACUUCUAUUAGCCAUGAACUACAAACAGAAAGGCUUUGUUUCACACCCAAACACGCAGCAGAUGAUCGAGGCUACGUGGCACGGUGACUGGUACGAAUGGAAAUAUAAACAUGGUUUGAUUCGAUGCAUUUACCCUCUAAUUAGGCUAGUAUUGUUGCCUUUCAUUGCUAUACUUUGUUUACUAAUGCCACGGCAUUCAUGGGUGAAGCAUUGGGCAAUUCCUUUGAACAAAAUGAUUACCCACAACGCAUCCUACUUCUUAUUCCUGAUCGUCCUCUUGAUAGAAUCGAAUCUAGAUAAAACUGGUCAAAGGCGUGGUCCACCAAAUUCCGGCUUGGAACCGUUAAUCAUAUUAUACGUGGUCGGACACGUGUGGGGCAGUUUUCGGCUAUGCAUGAUGCAAGGGCCCAAAAGACAUUUCAAGAUCAUGUGGAACUCGUACGAUGUGAUAAUGUAUGUGCUGUUCGCAUUAACAUUCGUUUUCUGGCUUGCUUCUUACAUGGAUGUUAAACAAAAUGGUCAAGCAGACCUUGAGAGAAAAUAUUGGCAUCAUUUGGAUCCAGAAUUGAUAGCUGAGGGAUGUUUUGCAAUUGCCGUAAUCAUGUCAUACUUUCGAUUACUUUACUUGUGUCGCUUGAAUUACUACCUGGGACCAUUACAAAUAUCGCUUGGAAAGAUGAGUGCAGAUAUUGCAAAAUAUUUGGUAAUCUUCACGCUUAUCUUAAUAUCAUUCUCAGCUGGCAUGUGCAGAUUUUACCAGUAUUAUGAUGGGAUGGUAAAAAUUGGCGAUAACGGAGUCUCAACAUCCCAAAACUCGUCUUUUGUGAAUUUUUCUGCUGCAUUGAAAAUUUUCUUUUGGGCUAUUUUCUGCAUGGCUCCUCUAGAAGCAGCUGAUGUUGUAAUAGAAAAUCUACCAGGCGAAAAAGAGAAAACUACAAUUACAAACCAUCAUGAAUUUACGGAAGCUAUAGGGUACAUGGUGUACGGUACCUUCGAGGUGUUGAUCGUGAUUAUGCUUCUUAACAUGUUGAUUGCUACAAUAUCAAAUACCUAUCAAAGAGUUACUGAUAACGUAGACGUUGAGUGGACUUUCGGAAAAACGGAUUUAUAUAUAGAGUAUAUGUUGCAGACUACUUUACCUCCGCCUCUAAAUCUAAUACCUACAGCUCAGGGCAUUUCAUCGUGCAUAGAAUGGUUACAAGUUGCAAGCAAGAAUCCUCCAGGUAAAGUUGCAAGAUGCACACCCUCAAAUUGCUGUUAUAUAGAGAGCGAGUUGGAUGAGCAUAUAGCGAGGGAUUUUCCAAUUUUGAUGUCUCAGUUGGUGCAACGUUAUUUCAGAGAGAAAGAUUCGAACGUUGAUACGUCCGGUGAUGAUAUUGAUAUUCUGAAGAAUGAAUUGGCUGAGCUUAAGCAGUAUAUUAAGGAAGCGCUCGAAGGUAGAGGAACACAUGCUCCUACACCAAAUGAACUUCCAAGACAGAAUCAAGCACCACCUAGGCAGAGCCAAGCUCCACCAGCUACAUAA